CAUUUGGGUCAAGGUGCCAAUCAAGCCUUCGAAGACAUUUACCAUUUUGUGCGGCUCCUGGGGAAGCACAAUCCAUCUGCCGAUCAGCUGUCGACAGAAUUGUUGUUGCGAGUGUUCACUGAUUACCAGGAUCUUCGACUACUGCAUACAUCAGAACUUGUAAGGGGAGCUAGACGACAAGGAGAAAUUCGAGUGGUCGAAGGCGUCGACGCAUGUAGGACUAGAGAUGAAGCAAUCCGGGCAGCAUUUAAUGAUGACGGCAAUGAUAUAGCAAGGAGGGCAUCCGACGAGUUGUUUUCCGGUCCAUUUACCGAGAAUGAAUUGUAG